GUGCAGAAUCUUUCACCGAGAGGGCACAUCAGUUAGUCGCACGUACGAAACACUUCCUAUAUGAACACGGACUAACCAGGAAAAUUGGAACGCGCAGAAGCUGCUGCUGAUAAGGGAAGGAACCUUCCCUCGCUCGUCGGAGUAAUCCCAAUUUUAAGUAACCGAACAGAAAUCUGCCGAAUAGUGUAGAGAAAGGGGGAACUUGGGUUAAGGAGAAUUCCAUUAUUUGUCAGUGGUCAUGCCGUACCGGGUUCGUGAAAAUCUAUACAUUGGCAACAUCGGUGAUGCAGCAGAGAUUCUCCAAAAUGGUAGCACAGAGAUCACGCAUAUUCUAUCAGUUCUUAGUUCAGCGUCAAUAUCGUUUUUCUCUGAAUGGAAGGGUCUAACAAUUCCCACAAAGGAAAUCAAGAAGGUCUAUGCUGGCGGGUCUGGUGGUGCCUCAGCUUCUGAGGAUGAUUCCGGUGACAGGAAAAAGGGUUGUUUGGUGUCCGAUAAGCUUCUGUACUUGUUGGAAUACGCAGGCAAGGAUUUGAAGCUGGUGAGGAUGGGGGUUCCACUGAGAGAUACGGAGAAUGAAGAUUUGUUGGAUUAUUUGGACGUGUGUUUUGAUUUUAUCGAUAGGAGUAGAAAAGAGGGGUCUGUUUUGGUCCAUUGCUUUGCUGGUGUGUCUAGAAGUGCAGCUAUCAUUACAGCAUAUCUGAUGAGAACAGAAAAUCUAUCACAAGAAGAUGCACUAAAAUCCCUGAGACAAAGCUGUGAGUUUGUUUGCCCCAAUGACGGUUUUCUUGAUCAGCUCAAAAUGUACGAGGAAAUGGGCUUCAAGGUUGAUUGUGCCAGCCCCAUAUACAGGUCUUUUCGCCUGAAAGUAUUGGGUGAAUCUUAUCAUCGUGGGGAUAGAAUAGACAGUUCUAAAUUUGGAGCAGAUCCUGGGGUGGCUGGUGAAGUUGCCUCUGGAGUGGAAGCAGCUUCGAAUGAAGGAAAAACUGUUACACCAGCUUUCCGCUGCAAGAAAUGCCGAAGAGUUGUUGCAUUGCGGGACAAUGUUGUGGAUCACAUUCCAGGUGAGGGAGAGCAAUCCUUCGGGUGGCGCAAGCGAAAAAGUAGCAACUCAUACAACAAGUAUGAGGAUUCUGAUUCUGAAUGUUCAUCCAUUUUUGUUGAGCCUCUAAAGUGGAUGACGGCUGUCGAAGAGGGUGCAAUGGAGGGAAAGUUGUCCUGUGUGCAUUGCGAAGCUCGUUUGGGUUACUUCGGUUGGGCAGGCACCCAAUGCAGUUGCGGAAGCUGGAUCACCCCUGCCUUCCAGCUCCACAAAAGCCGAGUUGACGUCAGCACCAUCUAAUCUGUCAAAGAAAAGCAGCAGAAGGGGUCCAAUACCUACCUUUCCAAGGAACAUUUACAACUUUAGAAGUGCCAGAAUGCCAUUUAACAUGGUAUAAAAUUUCCGAGAAAAUCAGCUAUCCACGCAGGAAAAGGAGUCUUUGAGUUGUACUGAGGUUGAAAUUGAGCAGCCGCAGCAAGAAAAAAAUGCAGUGUUGAUCUGUGUCUUAUAUAAGAUUUUGGAGAUUCGGGUUUUGUUUUUCGUUCUUUCCUACGCAAGCUCAGUUGGGUAACUGAAAAUGUUGUCAUGGAGGUAUAUUUGGCAUGAUUUGUUUCUGUAUAUGUAUAAAACUGUUAAGAGCAAAGAACACUUGAGGUCA